AUGGAAGAAUGCAAACUAGAUGAUGUCAGUGAGCAGUUUACCCAGCGGGACCUCAAGCACACAUUCCAGGUGCUUGAGGAGAAGAUCAUCACCUUUGUGAAGAAUGAGCUGAAGAGAUACAAGAAGAUUCUGAGUCCAGAUUACCAAGAACACUUUGAGGGUAAAGAGCAGGAUGGGAGUGAUGCCAGAGAAUGGGCUCUCAAGAUGGCACUGCACUUCCUGAGGAACAUGAAGCAGAAACAUAUCGCUGACAAACUGCAAGAAAACGAAUAUGAUGUGGUUUGUCAAACGGAGCUGAAGAGAAAUCUCAAGAAAAAGUACCAGAGUGUGUUUGAAGGAAUACAAAAGCAAGGCAGCUCUGCUCUGCUGGAAAAGAUCUACACAGAGGUCUACAUCACAGAGGGAGGAAGUGGGAAAGUAAAUGAGGAGCAUGAAGUCAGGCAGAUUGAGUCCAAAUCCAAGAGACCAGCUGGACAGGAGACACCAAUCAAAUGCAGAGACAUCUUUAGGCCCCUACCUGGCCAAGACAAACCAAUCAGAAGUGUUAUCACGAAGGGAGUAGCUGGCAUUGGCAAAACUGUCUCAGUUCAGAAAUACAUUUUGGACUGGGCUGAGGGGAAAGAAAACCAGGAUAUCCACUUCAUAUUUCCACUGCCUUUUAGGGAGCUCAACAACAUGAAAGACAAACAGCUCUCUUUGAUGGAUCUUCUUCACCAUUUGUUCUCUGAAGUUAAGCAGUUAACUUUUCCCAGCCAGGGGAAGUACAAAGUGUUGUUCAUCUUUGACGGCCUGGAUGAGUGCCGACUCCAACUAGACUUUCAGAAAAAUGAAAUUUUGACAGAAGUGACAAAAGUCACUUCAUUGGAUGUUCUGCUGACAAAUCUCAUCAAGGGUGAUCUGCUUCGCUCUGCUCUCCUUUGGAUCACCUCUCGACCAGCAGCAACCAAUCAAAUCCCUCCUGAGUGUGUCGACCGAGUCACGGAAGUACAAGGGUUCAGCGACGCUCAGAAGGAGUUGUACUUCAGGAAGAGGAUCAGUGAUCAGAAUCUUGCCAGCAAAGUUAUCACUCACAUAGAAUCAUCGAGAAGCCUCCACAUUAUGUGCCACAUACCUGUGUUUUGCUGGAUUGCUGCUAAUGUUAUUGAAUUUAUUCUUAAAACUGAAGGAAAUAAGCAAGUUCCAAAGACUUUGACAGAGAUGUACACGUAUUUCCUUGUUUUUCAAACCAAGCAGAGGAGUAUGAAGUUGGAAGGAGUUUAUGACACAGAUCCACAGUGGAACCAGGCUAGUCUCCUCGCUCUAGGAAAGUUGGCCUACGAGCAGCUGAACAAGGGCAACCUGAUCUUUUAUGAAGAUGACCUGAGAGAGAGUGGUAUUGAUGUUAGAGAGGCAGCAGUACACUGUGGCAUCUGCACCCAGAUCUUUCAGGAGGAGUCAGGCCUUCAUCAGGAAAAGUUGUACUGCUUUGUGCAUCUGAGCAUCCAGGAGUACCUUGCAGCUUUGUAUGUGAUCCUGAUGUUAGAAAAUGAGAAUGAAGAUCUCAUGUCCCCACAGCAACCCUCCAGAACAGUGUUUCAACUUCUGUUUGCCAUUCUGAGAUGGCAAACAACGGACAAAUCCAUGACCACCCUACAGAAGAGUGCAGUGGACAAAGCUUUGGAAAAUGAAGACGGGCACUUUGAUCUGUUCCUCCGUUUCCUUCUUGGCCUCUCUCUGGAAUCCAACCAGAGGCUCUUGAAAGGCCUAAUAAAGGAAGUACAACAUGAAAGCAAAGAGGAAAUAAGCAGCUACAUAAAGACAAAGAUCAGGGAGAUGCCAUCAUCAGAAAGAGUUCUCAACCUCUUCCACUGUCUGAAUGAAGUCAAUGAUCACUCCUUAGUGGAGGAGGUCCAGAGCUUCCUGAGUGCAGGGACACUUUCAGCAGCCAAACUCUCGUCCACACAGUGGUCAGCUCUCGUGUUUGUGCUUCUGACAUCAGAAGAAAAGCUGGAUGUGUUUGAUUUGAAGAAGUACAGCAGGUCUGAUGAAUGUCUCCUAAGGCUUCAGCCAGUAGUGGAGGAAUCCCAAAAGGCUCUGCUCAACAGCUGUGGGCUCACUGAGAGGAGCUGUACAGGUCUGACAUUUGUCCUCACUAAAGCGUCUUCAAAACUGAAACAUCUGGACCUCAAUGACAACAGUAUUGGGGAUAUUGGGGUCCAAGAACUGUGUAGUGGACUGGGUAACCCACACUGUGCACUGGAGACACUCAGCCUGUCAUACUGCAAUAUUGGAGAGGAAGGCUUCAGAGCUCUUGCAUCAGCACUGAGAUCAAACCCCUCACACAUGAGAGAGCUGCAGCUGAGUGGGAAUAAAGCAGGAGACUCAGGAGUGAAGCAUCUUUCUUCUCUUUUGGAGGAUCCCAACUGUAAACUGGAGAAACUACACCUGGAUAACUGCAGUAUUGGAGAGGAAGGCUUCAGAGCUCUUGCAUCAGCACUGAGAUCAAACCCCUCCCACAUGAGAGCGCUGUGGCUGAGUGGGAAUAAAGCAGGAGACUCAGGAGUGAAGCAUCUGUCUUCUCUUCUGGAAGAUCCCAACUGUAAGCUGGAGACACUAGACCUGUCAGUCUGCAGUAUUGGAGAGGAAGGCUUCAGAGCUCUUGCAUCAGCACUGAGAUCAAACCCCUCACACAUGAGAGAGCUGUGGCUGAGUAGGAGUAAAACAGGAGACUCAGGAGUGAAGCAUUUUUGUUCUCUUCUGGAAGAUCCCAACUGUAAACUGGAGACACUAGACCUGUCGAACAGCAGUAUAACAGAUGAAGGUUUCAGAGCUUUAGCAUCAGCACUGAGAUCAAACCCAUCACCCCUCAGAGUGCUCUGGCUGAAUGGGAAUCAUCCUGGACCCUCAACACAGCAGCUGCUCUCUGAACUGAAGAAACAUCCAAACUGUAAACAUCUACAGAUAACUGGACCCUAAUGAGUCCAUCCUGUUGUGUUCCACCUGAAUCAUGUUUUUACACUGUACAUAAAUAAGCGUUGCAGCACAUUCAUAUGUGAAGUUAUAUGUUUUAAAGUGACUUAUGUAUAUGAAAAUUGUGAGUAAUAUUGUAUAAAGAAUGUUUUCAAUAAAAAC